AUGGAGCGACUCGGUCGUAUGUGGACAAGACUUUCCGUACGUCGACCCACUUUACCAGCAGUUGAACCACGUCCUGAAGAAGACAAUGACGAUGAUCUGCCCUAUACGAAGAAAGAAGUAUUCGAAAUGUUCUCUGGUUCAAGAGCAUCACAACAUCGAAAAUCCGAUGGAGCCUAUCUACAUCGUGCCCGUUGUAGUGUCGACAGUAUGGCACGUAUGUCAUCAUCACCACAACGUAAAUUGGUAACACCGCCUGUACCUGGUGAAUCGCCUGUAUCUGAUGCUCCAUCGACGUUAAAGAACAACAACACUGAAGGGCAGCAGCAGCUGGCAGAAUCACUAUCAAAAUCUAUGUUGGUAACGAAGAAAUAUCCGCAUUUGUCCAGCGAUCGACGUACUGACAGUUUUAAUGAGGAAUCCUGUAGUUUUAACCCCGAAAUGCAUCGGAGUUUCUAUAAAGAACGCAAAAGCAUUAAUGUCUCGUCUCGACCUUCUGACGCCGCCGACGUGGUAAAUUCACGACGUAGCAGUGUAUUUGUGAAACGCGGAUCAGUAACAAUGGACCCCAUCAAAAAAGUUAACAUCGAAGACGUAUACACGGUCUAUAAACAGCUCGGAACGGGGCGAUUCGGGUACAUCAAACUUGCCGAGCAUAAGCAAUCUAAACAGAAAAUCGCCAUCAAAUUUUUCCCUCGUCCUCAAACGAAACAGGUCGAUUUUAUUCGGGAAUAUAACUAUUCAUUCUUUUUAUCACCACAUCCUCAAAUAAUCGACACUUAUGAAGGGAUGCAUCAGGCAAGAGUAGGAAAGCAGAGGUUACAUACAAAACUCUUUAGAGAGUGCAGUAGGAUGACAGGAGACGAGUCAGCAUUCUUCUUCGUUCAACAAUUCUGCCCUCGAGCAUCACUCAGGGAAGCGGUCGAGGCAACUAAUCAGCAAGGAAUUGGUGAAGCUAACACGAAGAAGGUGUUUGGAGCUGUGCUAUCGGCCAUCGAAUUUAUGCACAGCGAAAAUCUGGUACAUCGUAAUUUGAAAGCGGAAAACAUAUUGCUAUUUGACAGUAAUGAUUUCUCUAAAGCUAAGAUCACUGACUUUGGUUUAACUCGUAAAGUUGACGCAGCUGUGAAAUAUUUGGAGUAUGUGAACAACUAUCAUGCACCGGAAUUGUGUGAAACUGUUGUAAACGAAAUGUUAACUGUGAAUAAAAGCACGGAUAUCUGGGCUCUUGGUGUAAUAUUUUAUUACUGUAUGAAAGGACGAUUUCCAUGGCAGAAGGCGUCGAUCAUGUGCAAACCGUAUUGGGAAUGGGAACAAUGGUUGAAACGGAAAAAUCCGACGUUACCUAAACGAUGGACACCGUUCAGUGAAAAAGCUUUGAAACUUAUGAAAAAAACCCUCACACCGCGGGUAAAAGACCGAUGGACAGCCAAAGAUAUGCGAAAGUGUAUAGCAAAAGAAAAGCUGUUGAAACCAGUAAAGGUAGAAGAUUCUAGCGAUGAUGAUGUGUUUGUCUACGUGCCCAGCGAGUUUGUCCGGUUUGCAAAGAGAGAGAUAUCGAUUUUUCAGCACGAAGGGCAGACAAAAGGGGAUGGAAAGAAGAAGAGCACAUUGCAACACUGGAUUAGCACCACUUUGUCGGCUAUGGCUGAGAUCAGUGAGCAGGUAGUAUCAGCUCGUGAUGACUAG